AUGCCUUAUACCAAGGAUGUUAACCGGAGCCGCGUCGAGGCAGCCCUGUCUAGGAUGACUGCGGAGGAUACUGCUCACCUGGCCUCUGUUCUCGAAUUUGAAGGCUCGUUGGCCGAUAGACUCCAAAAAACCAGCAUUGGCCCUUAUGUCGUCGAUAGUGAAGGGAUGAUCCGUGUCCCAGCCGUUCUCUUCGCUGGUGACCCAAGCAAGGGGCUGCCGGGGAUCAUUCUUACUCCGACGACACCAACUAUGCCUAUCAUUCGUGGCAUACCCGCCUUUCCAGCAUCGCCACCUUUUCCACCACCUCCCACUCCACUGGGUUUCGAGUUCAAAAACAAUACCGAACGUUACUUCUUUGCCAUUGCUGCCCGCGCACUCCAGGAGGCUGUGAAACUCCCUGAGAAUCCACCGCCAGCUGGCUGGUUACCCAGCCAGAAAUGCCCCAUCUUCUAUACCUCAAUCCUUGACCAGUUCACUGUCUGCUUCCACGACCAGCUCCAAAGAAGGGGCCUUUACAAGGAGGAGGCCUUCAUGGAAGAAUGUCAACACCACUAUGUCAGCAUUCUCAACAAUGUCCGUUCUAGAUGGCAUUAUUCGCCAUUUGGCUCGAUUGACGGAUUCAUAACCACCAUCCAGACUCCCCACAGCGAAAUUGCAGCACAGGCGUUGAAACACACUAUCAGAAAGCCCACUUCUCCUCCGCCAGCUGGAUGGAAGAUCAACGAGCCCCUGCACACCUAUUAUGUUAUCAUGCUCGCGAGGUUCCGCAUCCAUUUACGCAACAUGCUGAGGAACUAUGAAGGCCUUCUGGUUGAUGAACCGCUCGACCUUCAAGAGUCUCUCUGCCGAUUCACCGAGCUUGUCAUCCGGGAGUACCGCCGUAUCUGGAUUACGAACUAUGGGUUGAUGAGGAACUGA